UACAAAAGGAUGGGAGGAAGGAGUCAUGUAAACCCAUACUCAAAGUGGAGUACAAGACCUGUAGAAACAGUGAGCCUUUUGUUAUCUUCUCUGGGGGUCUUUCAUAUGACAAGGCAGGACGACGGCCAGCAUUAACCAUCAUGCACGGCAAGGCCAUCACUGUGCUAGAGAUGGAUUAUCCUAUUGUAGAAUUCAUGGUGCUCUGCGAGACUCCUUACAACAAUGAGGUCCAGGAGCCGUACGCAGUGGUGGUGCUUUUGGAGAAAGACUUAAUCGUGGUGGAUUUAACACAGAGCAACUACCCUGUCUUUGAGAACCCAUACCCCAUGGACAUCCAUGAGUCACCAGUUACCUGCACAGCCUAUUUUGCAGACUGUCCACCAGACAUUAUCCCCAUCCUCUAUUCUAUAGGGGCUAAACACAAGAAAACUGGCUACAGCCAAAAGGAGUGGCCAAUCAGUGGAGGAACGUGGACAUUAGGCUCCCACACCUACCCAGAGAUCAUCAUCACAGGGCAUGCUGAUGGCUCAAUUAAGUUUUGGGAUGCAUCUGCAAUCACACUGCAGAUGUUGUACAAGAUGAAAACCUCCAAAGUGUUUGAGAAGGCGAAGCCAGGUGAGGGCCGUGCCGCAGAAUUGGUUGAAGAAGACCCCUUUGCUAUUCAGAUGGUCAGCUGGUGUCCUCAAAGUCGUAUCUUCUGUGUGGUUGGCAUCUCGGCUCACAUCAUCUUGUAUCGUUUUAGCAAAUAUGAUGCCAACACUCAGAUAGUGUCGCUAGAGGUACGCUUACAGUGUGACUCAGAGGAUGUCAUCUCUCCAUCGGAGAAUGAAAACAAUCCCUGCUUCUCUGAGCCUGGCUCGCACUCACCCCAGCCUCACCAUCAUCAUCAACAACACCAACACCCAGCUAGCCCUGGCAGCAGGACACCAGAGGGUAUCAAAGACAGCAUCCCCUGCCUCAAGGUGAAGGACCGGGUUGUUCGGGUUCCUCCUGGUUACCAAUCAGAGUUGGUCAUCCAGCUCCUCUGGGUAGAUGGUGAACCUCCACAACAGAUUACCAGCCUGGACAUCAACUCAGCCUAUGGCCUUUUGGCGUUUGGGAAUUGUAAUGGCCUAGCAGUGGUGGACUACUUGCAAAAAACCGUCAUAUUAUGUAUGUCAACACUGGAUCUGUAUGGAAGCACCGACCCCUACCAACGCCUUACCCGUUCCCCCCGCAGGAACAGGCAGUCCACCUCAGGCCUUACUGAACUCACUGACAACCAGCAGUCGAUUGACAUGGAGAGAAGCAAGUCGCCCACUUCAGUAAAGGGACCCGGCAGAAAGUUAAGUCUGCCAACAGAUCUUAAGACUGAUCUUGAUCAUGUCAAUGGACAUUGCACUAGCCCCACCUCCCAGCCCUGCUCGGCGGGGAAGCCUCGCAUUCCGAUGGGUCCCGAGGGGCCACGGCUUACCCGCAGAGGCCCUGGCCGACCACCCUUCCGCAAGGCCCAGUCCGCUGCUUGCAUGGAGAUCUCUUUGCCUGUGUCCCACACUGAAGAGAGUCGUGAAAACUCCUUCACCCGCUCGCGCAGUUCCAGUGUUUCCAGCAUUGACCGGGACACCAAAGAGGCCAUCACUACACUCCAGUUUGGAGAGUCCUACGGGCGCAAGAAUGAUGUCCUGCCCACCCCAUGUUUGUGGGUGGGCACUAGCCUAGGCGUGGUCCUGCUCAUCCCAAUGUCCAUUCCCACUGACCAGGAGGAAAGGAUGGACGAACCUGUCACAAUGGGCCCAAGUGGAGCGGUCCUAAUGCUGAAGGGCUCUGUGUUACGCUUAGCUUCUUGGACUGCAUGGGCGCUCUCAUUCAGAGCCCCUAUGAGGUUUGGCGGGACUGCAAUGCCCCCGAGGACCCUGACCGACCGCGGAGGCGCAAGCUGGUCCACUUUUCGCCAUCGUCCUCCCAGGAUGCCUGCGGAGAGGGACAUUUGGCUGUGGUGUGCUCUGAGAGGCAGGCCAAAGUAUUCCUGAUGCCCUCGCAGUCUUGCCUCUUUGUCCACAACAUCACAGAGUCAUCCUUCGUACUGCGAGCUGACGUGGUAUCUGUGUGUAACAGUGUGUGCCUCGCGUGCUUC